AUGCCUCCUGCAAACCAAUUUGAAGAUUCAGAUGAAAACUGGUCUACUUCAUCCGUAGAAGAACGAUUGGAACUUUCUCAGAAAAAACGAACAAAAAAGAGAGGCAAAAUUUCCAUCAUGGCCUGUGAUAAGUGUAGGAGCAUGAAAAAGAAAUGCACAGGCGGUGAUUUCAUGAGUAAAAAACCUUGCUCAUAUUGCACAAAACAUGGUGAAGAAUGUAUAUAUUCAGAUGCUAGAAGACGACGAACUGCAAACGUUCAAGAUUUUCAACAAUUUAUUGAUAGACUGGUGUUUAUUGAGGAUCAAUUAAAAAAAUUAAUAAAUGAACUUAGAGAAUUUUUUGAAUCAGCAAAAAAUCAAGAAGAACCUGAAUUUUUUGGCGAUGAUUUCAAGUUCGAAAUUAUGGAUUUUUGUAACAAAUCUUCUUGUGAUUCCAAUGAUCAAGAAAUUUCAGAAAACCCUUCAAAUUCUUCGACUUAUCUUUUUAAUUGUAAAAAUUAUGAACCAGGAGAACAAUUUGACGGAGAGAAGCAAGCUAAUGAAAUAAACAACCUUAGGCCUAAACACUCGUCCUCAUCAACUAAUCAGCAUAAAAACGUAAGAGGAACCUUUUCGACGUUGUAUUUGGCACCAAGAGGCCGUCAUGUUACUCAUUUAUUUUCCAAGGACGAAGGCAUAACUAAAGACGUACAGUUUCGGUCAUCGUCACCUCCUAUAAACCACGCAGAUCAAAAUCAAGUGACAACCGAUAAUAACAGCCUUUGUUUCAAUAAUCUAAAUUUGCAAGCUGUACCUCAAAUAUCACCUUUUCCGUCAGAGCAUUUUAUGUGCAACAACGUUGAUGAUCUCUUUCUAAAUGGUAUUACCGAUUUCAACUUUGAUACACAACUAUUUUAUAACGUCUGA